AUGUCGGCAAAUCUAAGAUUGUCUUGGAUUGGUGAUCAUGAAAGCUUGAAAGAAUUCGUAAGGGACAAUCUUAUCCUACAGGGAACGUGGUCAUCGCCAGCCGGUGAAAAGAAACUUUUUGAGUCGGAGGGUCUUACGAUUCUCUGGUUAAAAAACAAGAAGUUCCUUGCAGUUAAUGGAAAGGACGCGAAAGAAAUUCGUAGUCGACUGAUCAAAGCUAUGUGUACGAGCAGUGACUUUGCAGGCGUGAAUACUAGCGUAGACAGGGCUACAAACACUGAGAAUUUUGUUCAUGAUAAUAUAUCUAUAAACCACGGCGAAGUCAUGCUUCAUGACCUUCCUCCUUCAGCGGGACAAGUGCAGUCAAUUAAGUGUUCAAAUUGA